AUGGUCAAGGAUAAGAAACUUUACGACUUGCUUGGGGUGGAUCCUAGUGCAAGCGAAGCAGAGAUUAAAAAAGGAUAUAGAAAACAAGCUUUAAAAUUUCAUCCUGAUAAACCAACUGGUGAUACCGAAAAAUUCAAAGAAAUCUCAGAAGCUUUUGAUAUAUUGUCCAAUGCAGACAAGAGAGAAGUUUACGACAACUAUGGUUUAGAUGCAGCCAGAGGUAAUGCUCCUGCAGAGGAUGCAAGCAAUCCAUUUGGUGGAGCUGGAGGUGCCAGUGGUUUCUCUGGAUUUGGUGGUGGAAGAGGCGGGGCUGGUGGGUUCCGUAGUAGUGGUGGAUUCUCACAAGCUGAUGCGUUCAAUAUCUUUUCGCAAAUGGGUGGCUUUGGUAUGGGUGAUGAUGGAUUUACAUUUAGUCUGAGCGGUGGGGGUGGUGGUUUUGGUGGAGCUGGUGGUAGUCCAUUUGGCGGUGCAGGUGGUUUCAGAUCAAGCGGUAUGCCAGGUGGAUUUGGUGGUGCUGGCGGUGCUGGAGCACAACGUCAAAGACCUGAACCAAGCACGGUAUCUAUUCCAUUACCAGUGGCAUUGGAAGACUUGUACAAUGGUGCAACAAAGAAAAUGAAGAUUACAAGAAAAGACCAGAGCGGAACCAGGGAGCAGAAGGUAUUGGAGGUGAAUAUCAAGCCUGGAUGGAAGUCAGGAACUAAGGUCAAUUUUGCCAACGAGGGUGAUUACCAACCUGAAUGUGGUGCUAGACAAACUAUACAGUUUGUUAUUGAAGAGAAACCAAACCCAGUAUACAAGAGAGAUGGAAAUAAUAUCAAGAUGAAUGUGCAUUUGACAUUUAAAGAGUCUCUUUGUGGAUUUGAUAAGGAUGUCACAACAAUUGAUGGUAGAAGAAUCUCGUUGAAUAGGUCUAAUCCUGUGCAACCAAACACAACAACGACAUACCCUGGAUUAGGUAUGCCCAUCAGCAAGACACCAGGGCAGCGAGGUGACUUGGAAAUCACUUAUAAGGUUGAUUAUCCAACGUACUUGACACCGACUCAAAAACAAGCUAUACAAGACAACUUCUGA